UGCAGUACUACUCUAUAGGUACUCAAGAUUAACAGGAUAUUGAGUGAAAACGAGCAUUUCACCCCCAUUUAAUUAUAAUUCUCCAAAUCUGCCACCAGAGGUCAGACGAUGCCCAUAUAUCACAUCACAAACCAACUGAGAAUGAGAAACGCUGGUUGUGCAGCAGUGGACACUCCAAACUUAAUCUUCCAAAUAUCAAAUCUCUGUUUUAAUAUUCUACCUAUGUGAUUUUAAACAAGGUGUCCGUGGUUAACCAAAGCCAUCUCUCCUGUUGUGCCUCUAUACAAUGGCAUCGUCUUUCUAUUUGUGUUGGCCAACUUCAGCAUGGCCACCUUCAUGGAUCCUGGAGUCUUUCCCAGAGCGGAUGAGGACGAAGACAAAGACGAUGAUUUCCGAGCUCCGCUUUAUAAAAACGUUGAGAUAAAGGGAAUUCAGGUCCGGAUGAAAUGGUGUGCCACGUGCCACUUCUACAGACCUCCUCGCUGCUCACACUGCAGCGUGUGUGACAACUGUGUGGAGGACUUUGACCAUCACUGCCCAUGGGUGAACAACUGCAUAGGCCGGAGGAAUUAUCGUUACUUCUUCUUGUUUCUGCUGUCUCUAAGUGUUCACAUGGUGGGCGUGUUUUCCUUUGGCCUGCUGUUUGUCUUACACCACCUUGAGAGUCUGAGUGCGCUCCACACCACUGUGACGCUUGUGGUUAUGUGUGUGACUGGCCUGUUCUUCAUCCCUGUUAUGGGCCUCACUGGAUUCCACAUGGUUCUCGUAGCCAGAGGACGGACCACAAAUGAACAGGUGACAGGAAAGUUCAGAGGAGGAGUGAAUCCAUUCACCCGGGGUUUCCGUGGCAACGUGAAACACGUCUUAUGCAGUCCGCUUGCUUCUAGGUACUUCACUGAUCCCAGGAAGAAAAUUCCCAUCAUCAUGAAACCACCAUUCAUCCGCCCUGACCUCUCUAACCGACACAUCAGUGUAAAAGUCAGUGAUAAUGGUAUCCAUAGUAACAUCCUGCGAAGCAAAACCAGUCUGGAUGGUAUGGAUGAUAAAAGUAUAGACACACAACCGCCUCUGCCGCCCAAAGCAGAGCGCUACAACCAGCUCAAGAGUCAACUAACCUCCAGCGAAGGCAAUUCCCUGUCCAGCAAACCGACUAAUCCGUCCACCCCGGCCAUGUACAAAUACCAACCUUCCUUCAGUACCAUGCCUAAAGUGCACUAUCACGCAACCGGAGAGAAGAUUAUAAUGUCUGAGAACUGUAAGCCCUCUGCAGUUUUGGAGGAGAGAGGUCACGAUUACCGCUCAGAGCCGAAUCUGGAUUUGCCAGACUUCCGCAGCACUCCUCUCCACCGAACUUACCAAUCCUCACCUUUCCAGCUGGACUCUUUCAGCACCACAUCUCGCUCAUUCAGUCUCAAACAGGGAGUGAACAGGGCUGACCAGAUGCAAAGCAAACCACAAGCGGUCAUUUCCACCGCUCACAAAGGAGUCUUCUCCCCUGGGACAUUAUCUGGCCGCAAUGGCAGCCUAUCCUACGAUAGCUUGCUAAGCCCCAGCAUUGUGCCAGCUUUGGGCGAGUGCGCUGCCCACCCGGGAGUGCCGUCUAUGGGUUUUCAUUCACCCUACUUGCCUACUAAAACGUGUCAUGUGCGUGGGCCUGAGCUUCAGCGGUACAUCGGUCCACCAUCCUAUAGUCCUGUUCACAUAGGAGCGAUGUACGGGCGGCAGUCACCACUCUCAAGAGACCGAGAUCCCUCUCCCGUCCGCUACGACAACCUCUCCAAAACCAUCAUGGCCUCCAUUCAGGAGAGAAAGGAGCUAGAAGAGAGGGAGAAACUCAUGCAUCGGCAUGCACAACCACCGGUGGCCUAUGCCAAUGAUUCAGGUGUGUUUGACACCUGCAGUGGAGCCGCCUAUGGACUCCCACCUGGGACGUGCUACCCCAAUGGCCCUAGAGGCCCCGGAUCCCGAGAGCACACCCCUCCUGUGUGCGGCUCUCGGGAUAAUUUGAUGGGAGUUGGGGCAGUGGGAUACGCUCCCCAAACACCUGUUCUGCGUUCCUCUGCAUCCUCGCUCGCCAGAGUGCCAAGGACUUCCACUACGUCCCUCCACACUGAUGGAGGCAGUGCAAGCAGGACAGCCGAACACCAGUACCGCUCUCCGGUGCACCAGACACAUCACUCCCCAACAUCUGUGCCCCGUUCCCCGUCAUAUGCGCAUCAGAAGGUCGCCUUCAUUAGCGCUCUGGAGAGGGCAGACUCACCACAUCUGGGUACAAGAGAGGACCUUGGUCAAUGUAAAGUCAAUGGGCAACUAAAGGGCCAAGCACGUGACUGCCAUCUAGGGACUCCUUCUGGAACUCCCAGCAGACACACCAAUGUCAAAAAGGUCACAGGAUUGGGUGGAACUACAUAUGAGAUUUCCGUUUGACGGACAGCUUGAAGAGCCACUGCCUGUGAGGAACAGCACUGCCAUGGCAACACCACCUCCACUUGUGCUCUAGAGAAUUAGGUUUCUUUCUUUUUUAUAAUAUUCAAACCGAUUGAUCAGGAGACUAUUAGUUAUCUGGUGCAGUUUAAUUGGAAAAUACUUUGGCAUAGGCCAUUUCUUUGCUAAAGAGAUGGCAAGCAACUUUCUGAUUGACCCAGUGUAAAAUAUAACAUGAGUGCUGUGUCAAAGAAGUGUUGUAUAUUUUUGUCAUACAAGUGUCAGCCAUCAGGAUAUAAAUCCCACACCACAAAAAAAUGCUGGUUUAAUUGCAUCAAAUGAAAAUGUAAAAUAUAUAUACAGUAAGGGCUGAAUAUGUACAGUGUCUGUUCAUUUGUUUGUAUUUAAAAGUUUAAAGGUCGCAUAUUGAAUGCAAAUGUGCUCAGUAUGCUGAUCUUCCACACACUUGAAUGUGAGUGUUAAUGUACAUGCCAGUGACUCCAUUACUACUGUUUUUGUCAUUAUGCUGAUCUAAUAAUCAGGGUUUCAUUCAAAUACAUUUCUUUGUCAAGCUAUCAGGUUCCAAAACAAACCAUAUAGCACUAGUGUACUUUAAAAACCAACGCAGAAGUUUUAUUUUUCAAAUAUAGUGGUCAUUUACACUUUUUGUAAUAUAAAACUAUUAACUGCCAUAGAAAUAAACAUACAUGUGUAUAUGUACAAUUUUAAAAAAGGAUACAAAAAUGUUAUCAGCAAUUUAGUUUUUUCUUCAUAAAAAGUAUUUUAUUGUGGAAGAAAUAUUAAUAUGUAAAAAGAAACAGACCACUGUGUAUUAGCAGUACUGGCCACGUGUUAAAGCCAUAUUUUACCAUAUUUUCCAGACAUGAUCUUUGCAAACUUAUUGCUUUAUCAUUUCCAUUUAUUUGUAAUAGAUAAAAAAAGAUGGUAAUGGUAAUUCAUGACUGAAUCCCAAACAUCCAACAUUUUUUUUAUUUAUUUUGUUUUUAUAACAACAUUUUUUUUUUUCUUUUUUUUUUUAAACCCAAAUUUUAAAAGUUUUGGUGUAUUUCAUUUUUUAAUACAGAUAUUCAAAUGGGUGUUUGGAUUUUUUGAGUAGAUUUUUUUGCAUAUUUUAUAAUUUAUUUGUACAAAUUAAUUAGUGUACAUUGCCAUUUUGAUUAAUUAAAAGAAGUAUUUUCUAUUAAGAUUUUUUUUUUUUUUUUUCAGUGAAUGAAUGUUGAAAAAUUAAGAUGUUUUUGUAGAACAUUUUAGGAAACCGUGUUCAAGAAAAUUGAAUUGAAGAUGCUUGUUUUUUGAAUGAUGGAUCCAUUUGAAAGACAUAAUAUGACACAUGGCUUUUAUAAACUUAUGUUGUUGUUUUUUUUGUUGUUGUUUUUUUUUUUUUUUGAUCAAAUAAGCAAAGGCUUCUUUAGCAUAAGAAGCUUCUUUCAAAAACAUUUCAAAAUCUUACCAGCCACAAACCUUUUGAACACUAGUGUAUAUAAAAGUAAAAUUCUUCAUAUGUACUUUUCAUAUUAUUCAAAGGAAGUUUAAAGCCUCACCUUCCCUUCACUCUUUCAAAAGAAGUUGCAAAUAGUCUUUUCUGAUUUUACAACAAGUGCCAAUAAAUAUUGCUUGGUAACUAUUACAUUUGAAUUUUGAAAGGGGAGAAGUGUGUGUGUGUGUGUGUCUUUUUUUGGAGAGAGAAAGAGAUACACAUCUGUAAAAUUGUCAGUUACAAUUAAAUAGGCAGUUACGUAAUUAAUAGCUGAAAAGAAAUCAGUUUUAAAUGUAAUAUUCUUUUUUUUUUUUUUUUCUCAAGAAAUGAAAUGGACAGCACAGGUGAAAGUGGCAAAUCCUGUUACCAGAAGAGCUUCACACUGUGGCCUGUUUCAUGAUUAAAGACCUAAUAAUUUAAUAAAAAGGAUCAUUUUGUAGUGAAGUGUUGACUUGUGCUGUCAGCAUCUUUGACAGGGUGAUCUUACAGAUGUCUUGCCAAAUGGAAAUGCACCGCACGUGGAGUUCUCUGCGACUCAUCAGAUGACUUUUCAAGGAAUUCGUAUUGAUUUCCUCACAGAUCUGCCUUAUGGGUCUAACAGACUACAGACACUCAAACACUGACAGAGUACAAACAUGAUUUUUGGUGCAUGUAAAAAGUGAUAUUAUGAUACUUUUUUUUCCAGUAAAACAGCUUCUUGAAAUUGUAAAUAAUUCAUGUGGUCACUUACAGUUUGCUAGGCUUUUUUUCUGUGAAUGCUUCAAUGCCGCUGUCUGGCACAGCGUCACCUUCUGUUUAAAUGAACCAUGUACAAUUCAAACAAAAGAAGAACUAUACGGGACUUUUUUUCUUUGGUGAAGUAUUUCAUUCACAUUAAAUAAACACAUUAUAAUUUCAUAUCAAGGAACAUAUAUUAUUUUUGUUCAUCGAGGGGGAAAACUGAAUAAAUAAAACGUGAACAUUAA